GGCGGCGCUCUAGGCCGAGCGGGAGGUCGGGGCUGCUGGCGCUCGCUGUUGGCUGAUCUGGACGCCGCUGCGGUGGCGGGGCUGCACGGCCGGGGUCGAAUCCGAUCGGGAGCCAUGAGCAUGGACAAGGCAGAACUAUGCGGGUCUCUGCUCACCUGGCUGCAGACGUUCAAUGUCCCGCCCCCCUGUACCAGCCCCCAGGACCUGAGCAGUGGCCUGGCAGUAGCCUUUGUGCUGAACCAGAUCUCAUCCCACCUUCUCACCCCCAGAGACCCUUCCUGGUUCAACGAAGCGUGGCUCCAGGGCAUUUCAGAGGACCCAGGUCCCAACCGGAGGCUGAAGGUCAGCAAUCUGAAGGCAAUCUUACAGAGCCUAGUGGAGUACUCUCAGGAUGUCCUGGGGCAUCCCAUUUUGGAGCAGCACCUUCCAGAUGUGAGCCUCAUUGGCGAGUUCUCAGAUCCAGAAGAGCUUGGCAAGCUGCUUCAGCUGGUUCUGGGUUGUGCCAUCAGUUGCGAGAAAAAGCAGGAACACAUCCAGAGAAUCAUGACACUAGAGGAAUCCGUUCAGCAUGUGGUGAUGGAAGCCAUCCAGGAGCUCAUGACCAAAGACACCUCUGACUCCCUGUCACCAGAAACAUAUGGGAACUUUGAUAGCCAGUCCCGCAGGUACUACUUCCUGAGUGAGGAGGCUGAUGAGGGGGACGAGCUGCGGCAGCGCUGUUUGGAUCUGGAGCGGCAGCUGGUUCUCCUGUCAGAGGAGAAGCAGAGCCUGGCUCAGGAAAAUUCGGUUCUAAGGGAGCGGGUGGGCAGGCCCGAGGAUGAGGGCGCCAGCGGCCUCACUGCCAAGAAGCUGCUGCUCCUGCAGACCCAGUUGGAGCAGCUGCAGGAAGAGAACUUCAGGCUGGAGAGUGGCAGGGAGGACGAGCGCAUGCGCUGUGUGGAGCUGGAGCGGGAGGUUGCCGAGCUGCAGCAGCGGAACCAAGCGCUGACCAGCCUGGCCCAGGAGGCGCAGGCUCUGAAGGAUGAGAUGGAUGAGCUUCGGCAGUCCUCCGAGCGUGCCGGGCAGCUGGAAGCCACGCUGAACAGCUGCAGACGCCGCCUGGGCGAGCUGCGGGAGCUUCGGCGGCAGGUGCGGCAGCUGGAGGAGUGCAACGCCGGCCACGCGGAGCGCACACGACAGCUGGAGGAAGAACUGCGCCGGGCCGGAUCCCUGCGUGCUCAGCUAGAGGCGCAGCGGCGACAGGUUCAGGAACUGCAGGGCCAACGGCAAGAGGAGGCCAUGAAGGCUGAGAAAUGGCUAUUCGAGUGCCGCAAUCUGGAGGAAAAGUAUGAGUCGGUGACAAAGGAGAAGGAGCGGCUGUUGGCAGAGCGGGACUCCCUGAGGGAGGCCAAUGAGGAGCUGCGCUGCGCCCAGAUGCAGCCUCGGGGGCUGGCCCAGGCCGACCCCUCACUGGAUCCCACCUCACCGGCUGUGGGAAACUUAGCAGCUGAGAUCCUUCCUGCAGAGCUCAGGGAAACACUCCUGCGACUUCAAUUGGAGAACAAGCGCCUGUGCCAGCAGGAGGCAGCCGACAGGGAACGGCAGGAGGAGCUGCAGCGCCACCUGGAGGAGGCCAACCGUGCGCGCCACCGCCUGGAGACGCAGCACCGGCUGAACCAGCAGCAGCUGUCGGAGCUGAGGGCCCAGGUGGAGGACCUUCAGAAGGCCCUACAGGAGCAGGGGGGCAAGACUGAGGACUCCAUAUCAAUCCUGCUGAAGAGGAAGUUGGAGGAACAUCUGCAGAAGCUGCAUGAAGCAGAUCUGGAGCUGCAGCGGAAGCGCGAGUACAUCGAGGAACUGGAGCCCCCCGCCGACAGCAGCACAGCCCGGCGAAUCGAGGAGCUUCAGCACAGCCUGCAAAAGAAGGACGAGGACUUACGGGCCGUGGAGGAGCGGUACCGCCGCUAUGUGGACAGGGCGCGCGUGGUCAUACAGACCCUGGAACCCAAGCAGCAACCACCUGGCGGGGCUCCCCUAGAUCUCCACGCCCUGAGGACACAGCUCCGGGAGCGGGACGUCCGAAUUCGGCACCUGGAGAUGGACUUCGACAAGAGUCGAAGUCAGCGGGAGCAGGAAGAAAAGCUGCUCAUCAGUGCCUGGUAUAAUAUGGGCAUGGCUCUACAGCAGCGAGCUGGGGAAGAGCGGGCCCCUGCCCAUGCCCAGUCGUUCUUGGCACAGCAGCGGCUGGCCACCAACGCUCGCCGUGGACCCCUGGGACGCCUAGCAACCCUGAACAUGCGCCCUGCCGACAAGCACUGAUGGAUCGCAGGAUCCUGCCACCUGCCCAGCUUUAUCCACCCUGGAUUCCCCCAACUCACAGGGGGCCCAGAAUUAUGCCUCAGCUGGUUGCUUGAGAGCCUUGAAGUCACAGUCUGUGCACCUUUCUCUCUCAGCUGGGACAAGAGUGUAGGAGGCAGGUGGGAGGCAAGAAUGGGCCUACUCUUUUUAGCAAUGUGAUUCUUAUUCUUGAUUUUCUCCCUGGGGUUAGUGAGCUGCCAGGGGAUAGAGUGAUUUUAUAUUUGAGAAGAAAAAUAAUAAAGACUUUUAAUCUGA